CAGUCCAGUCCGCUCGUCCUCCACCCAAAUGGAGGCUGGUGUAUUUCCUCUAUUUAACCAAAGGAAGUGACAGAAUAAGCAGCAGAGGUGCUGUAUGUGAAGCUGUCUCAGUGAGCACCGGCCCUGUUGCACUUAUCUGAUGCUGCCGGUGAAACCACCAUAUUCAGUGCAUCAUACAAAAGAAGGACAUCAUGGCCUCCAGAGUCACUCUCUUCAUCUUCUGUUAUUUUCUCUUCCUAACAAAUGAGAUUGAUCCUACUGAUACUACUUCCCCCAAUAACAUAUCAACACAACCAACAGGACCACCAGAGACUAACAUCAAUGCAACAUCACCAACACCAUCAGCAGUUGCCCCUUCAGGAUCAACCAGCACUAUUAUAUCAUUGCAGUCUACCAACAGCAUUUCUAGCACCAAUAUAGCAACACAGUCUUUCCACUCUUCUACUACUCUAGCUGGUGGGAUGUCUAACCCCAAUGAGCAACAGAGCACAUCAAAUACAUUGACCACUUCCAAACCCAUCAGUAACACUACACUUGAAGGUUUGGCGUCUAACCGCGAUGAGCAACAGAACUCUGCACGAUCAACAUCUACCAGCGAUAUUACAUCAACGCAGUCUACCAACAGCAUUUCUAGCACCAAUAUAACAACACAGUCUGUCCAUACUACUGCUACUCUAGCUGGUGGGAUGUCUAACCCCAAUGAGCAACAGAGCACAUCAGAUACAUUGACCACUUCCAAACCCAUCAGUAACACUACACUUGAAGGUUUGGCGUCUAACCGCGAUGAGCAACAGAACUCUGCACGAUCAACAUCUACCAGCGAUAUUACAUCAACGCAGUCUACCAACAGCAUUUCUAGCACCAAUAUAACAACACAGUCUGUCCAUACUACUGCUACUCUAGCUGGUGGGACGUCUAACCCCAAUGAGCAACAGAGCACAUCAAAUACAUUGACCACUUCCAAACCCAUCAGCAACACUACACUUGAUGGUACCAAAUAUCUCUGGCUUUUGGUUUGUUUGGUGUUUGCAGCUGUGGCGGUGGCGGUGGUAAUUUACUUCAAGUGUUUUAAAGCAAAGCAUCAUCCAGUUGAGACCAUGAAUCAUGGAACAGAGAAUGCUUCAUUCCAAAGGACAGAGAGUAACAAAGAUGGGGUCAUGCUUUUGGGAGUCAGAUCAGGAGGGGAGGAGAAUGUUGCAGCAAAAUAAGCAGGCAAGCGAAGUGACACAAGCCAAAAAUAUCAGAAGAUUCAAAAGAUGAAGACCGCACACUUCAGUGAUCUUCCUUUGGAAUGAAAUGAAAUGAAGUGACAUGUUUUACAUGUAAUAUAUAUGUAGAAAGUGUAUUGGCAAACCCAAUAAAUAUGAACAAUGA